UUAUUCAGUGGGGAGAAAAAAAGCACUCUAAUUGCCUCGGGGCGGCUUCUGUACAAGAGCCCGGGCUGGCAGUAUAAGCUAGUUCCAGGGCUAAACGCCUAGUGUUAAAAUUAAGGUGGUCAUUCCGCAAAGUGCCGUAAAGGUGUGUCUUCUCUUCACAUCCUCGGGUGUAUACGCUGCUUUGUAUUUGGGUCCCAAAUUCCUUGAACGCUAAAUUCCAACUGCCCAUUCCUUUAACUCGUAAAUCCAUCGUGGUAUCAAACCCGUUUAGCUUCUUUUGCUGCACCUGCCUUGGAAGCAGAAACGAAAGGUGGCAUUGGAUUUGCCCUAUGUUAAAAACAUGGUGUGGGGAGCGCUGUGCUGUAAAGAAGCCCCGGGGCCCUCGUGUGGCAAUCCGCUGCAAUCGCAAAGAAGGAGACGCGUUUAUUGUAGUAGUAUUUAUUGUUAAUAAUAAAUAAAAGGGAAGAUUAGGAGAAACCGAAGAGGAUAAGCCCAGUCUACGACAAAUAGGUGAGAGGGCCCCUCAGGGCAAAGCGUGACCUUCGGCAAAAGGUAGCACUGCCGAGACGAGGAAGGUACGCGCCACGCGUUCCUCCCCGGGGUCUCCAUGGUAAUCGUAUUGUUGCGCGGCCCUCGGAGUAACCAUGGCGACCUCCAGGAAACAGGCCCAAGGAGGGAAACACAGGAGGCACGUGGAGCCCCGCAAUUGCCAUUUUCUGGCCGGUGCCUGGGUGGCGCGAGGCUCCGUCGAGCCAGAGGGCGGGGUCGAGCGCGGCGCGUGCACCUGGGGCGGGGGGAGGGGAGCUGAGAACGCUUGAACACCAACCGCAGGAAACAAACGGGCAGUAACAGAGGGAGGCGGCUGAGCUCACAAUCCCACAACAAUCCCACUCCCAGGGACGGGUUGCAGCAUGGAAAAGGGGGCGCAGGAGGAAAGCCCCCGAGAGCAGCAGCGCCUCCUGCAUCCCAGAGCUUGGCAGGGCACUCCCUGCAUGGACCACCUCCUCCUGCACCCUCUACCAGGACAGGGGACCAGGGACUCGCACCUUCUGCUCUUCCCCACUAAGCAGGGGUCCCAGCACCACCUCCUGUACCCCUUGUCCCCCAAGCAAAAUGUCUUGCACAGGGAGCAGAAGCCUCCACAGCCUGUGGGCUGCAGAGAGCAGCAGCAGCAGCUUGUGGAGGACCAAGCUUGUUUUGGCAGGCAACUCUCUCCCGCUGGCAGUGGGGUGGAGCCUGGGGGUUGUGAAAAGCAGGAGGAAGAAGAGAGUGGUCAGCAAAAGGUGUUGCAAGUGAAAGCUGAAGAGCAGGAACAAGACAGCCAGUUGCUCUUGCACAGCGCCAACAAGAAAAAAAGGGGGGACCACAAAGCUGCUGCAAACCGCCGUGGAGGGAAGGAGGAGGGCCAGACCGUGGGUAGCAGCAGUUUGAAGGGAACUGAGGAAAGCAGAAGGGAAGAGCCUGAGGGUAUCAAGAAAGAGGUCAAGUUGAAAGAAAAUUGCUAUGCCAAAACCCUGGAGUCAGGAAAUGAAGGGACCAUCAAAACUGAACUGGUAGAGCCUCCUGAAGUGGACUGCAAGGGGAGGGAAGAGGAGGCAUCCAAGCCUCAUGCAUCCUCCAAUGGCCCAGCUCUUGUCAGCAAAGAUGCUAGUUUAUCUCAUCCUCUAGGGAUGCAGCAACCUCAAGAACUGAAGAUUCCAGUGACACUCCAUCCAGUCCCUCCUGGGGCCAGGAUCCAGUUUCAGGGGCCGCCUCCAUCUGAUCUGAUAAGAGUGACUAAAGUGCCUAUAGCACAAGUGCCCCUUAAAAUGCAGUCCUUGCUUGAGCCUUCAGUGAAAAUUGAAACUAAAGAUGUGCCUCUCACAGUGCUGCCCUCAGAUGCAGGGAUCCCAGAUACUCCAUUUAGCAAAGACAGAGAUGGCCAUGUCAAGCGUCCUAUGAAUGCAUUUAUGGUGUGGGCAAGAAUUCAUCGGCCAGCUUUAGCCAAAGCUAACCCUGCUGCCAAUAAUGCUGAGAUAAGUGUCCAGCUUGGUUUGGAGUGGAACAAACUCACAGAAGAGCAAAAGAAACCUUACUAUGAUGAAGCUCAGAAGAUUAAAGAAAAACACCGAGAAGAAUUUCCUGACUCUGCAAGUUCAAAGAAUCAGUUUGGUGGUAGUUCCACACAAGGAGCUGUCUCAAAGGAAUUCUACCAAAUAAAUUUAUUGGAUGCUGGUUGGGUUUACCAACCACGGCCUGGCAAAAGGAAGCGGUUCCCACUGACAGUCUCCACUGUGUUUUCUGGUACUACUCAGAAUAUCAUCGCUACGAGCCCAAUGGCAGCCUCUACUGUCUUUACUGGGACCUCUCAGAAUAUCAUUACUACAAAUCCAACUACCAUUUACCCUUUCCGAUCACCCACCUACUCUGUGGUCAUACCCAGUGUACAGAACAGCAUUGGACACCAAGUCUGUGAAGCCCCUUCUACUAUCCAGCUGCCAGCUCCUUCUGCUCAGCAUCCAGGCCCCAUUACGCUGUUCCAGCCAAAUGUAGGAAGCACAACACCACUGGCGGCACCACCAGCAAACAUGCCAAUUCGCCCAGUGCUUCAGCCUCAGCGCUUUGUAGCACCGUCACCAACAGAAGCUCAUCAUGUAUCUUCAGCAACAAAUUGCACUACAAAGAGACCGACUCAGGUUUCCAUUGAGAGCGCAAGCAGGAACCCAAAUAAUACAAGCACCACACACUCUCGAUACAGUGUCUCUAAUAGUCAGCCCCCUAAGGAGUACUCAAGUGUUUCUUCUUGUUCUAGAAAUGGACCCAUUCCUCAAGCUCCACCCAUCCCCCAUCCACACGUCUAUCAGCCUCCUCCUAUCGCUCAUCCAGCCACUCUAUUUGGAGCUCCUCCUCGAUUUUCUUUUCAUCAUCCUUAUUUUUUACCUGGACCACAUUACUUCCCAUCAAGCACAUGUCCGUACAGCCGUCCUCCAUUUGGCUAUGGGAACUUCCCCAGCUCCAUGCCUGAAUGCCUUGGCUUCUAUGAAGAUCAGUAUCAAAAGCAUGAGGCUAUGUUUUCUGCUCUGAACAGAGACUAUCCUUUUAGAGAAUACCCUGAUGAGCACACGCAUAGUGAAGACUCACGGAGCUGUGAAAGCUUAGAAGGGACUUCCUAUUACAGCAGCCACAGUCAGACUGAAGAGGAAUAUUUAAAUCCUAUGCCUCAGCUGGACAUUGGGGCCCUUGAGAAUGUUUUUACAGCAACCCCAUCCACACCCUCUAGUGUACAGCAAGUCAAUGUGACUGAUAGUGAUGAUGAGGAAGAAGGAAAGGUGUUGAGAGAUUUGUAAAUUUAAAACCAAAUGAUAGUAUCCAGCAUACUUUUUUAAAACAUGAAAUAAAACAUGUUGAUCAUAUAACACCAUUUUAGUGAGUGUGGUCCAGAAGAUAUAAUUGUUUUAAAACUUUUAUACUAUAUGGGAGAUUUUCCAGGGUAGUGUUAGAUUUUGCGCCAUCACAGGAUUUGUACCUUAUUGCACUUGAUUUUGGACACUGUAGCUGGUCAAGGCAGCUCUUAAGACUCUUUCAUCGGUUGCAUAUAUUUGUGCACUGCCCAUAUACUGAGAAUUGGUUUGUAGCAGUUCCAGAACCACAGUGACUGAUGCACAUUGUUGAUAAUAUGCAUACCAUGCAUAUUUGCAAGAGCACACAGAAGAGGUGUGAUGUAGAGUUUGGACAUAGUAAGUACCAGGUGCAUAUAUAGAUUGCACUAUUCACCAGCUUCUCUAGAUUUGCAAGUAUAGUUAUAAGUGGCAAUAUGAUUACACCACUCUGAAAAGCAGAUUUCAUCAUCUCAACUCAGAGCUUUUAUUUGUGUUCCUAGGUGACAUAGCAGGAUUUUCAUUCUGUCCUAGACUGUUAUUGAGCAAUUGAUAUUACUGGUUUACAUAUUUCCGUCUUCUUUUUUUUCUUUUUUUGGCCAAAAAUGAAUAUUCUGUUACACUUCAAAUAAAAUAGUAUUUUCAUAGUUUUAAAAUUUGGGCUCUGGUCCAAGUGGUUAACUUUUAAAAACAAGUGCAGUUGUUUUAGAAUCUAAUUUCUUUGUAUGCUGAACUUUGUUAUGUAUUGAUCUGAAAGUCGAUAGCCCCGCUUAACAAUUUUAACCCUCCUUGUAAGAGAAGUUCAUAUUUUAAAUGCCUUAUUAAUGGAAAUGUUAAAUAUUUCCAAGAAUGAGUAAGGGUGAAUCUAGCUGUAUUUUCUGCACAAGUGGGCUAUGAUUCUAUAUCAGAGUGUGACAGUUAUAUCUCAAACUUACAUUUUUUUAAAAAAUGUAGUGUUUGAAGAGUAGUUGUAAGGAAAUAUGAAAUGUUGCUUAACUAUUUGUUCAUGUUACAGAAUAUUUAAUUUUGUUUUCAUAUUUUUCUUUGUUUUGUGGGGGAGGGUGGGUAGUACAUUUGUUCCACUUUUGUUAUAUUAAAAUAAAAUCACAUGAACUGUAUGUUGUUAACUGUAUAUAUUGUGACAAACUAUGAAUUAUGAAAUCAUCAUCCAGUUUGUACCUGUGCAAUAAGUAAAAAUGUAGAGAAUAUCCCUUUGGAGAGAUGUAUUAUACAGAAAUAAGAUUGGCUGUUACAAAGAAUGUGCCAUUAUACAUGUAUGAGGUAAUUUUAGAAUUUCUUAAAUGUGUAAUUUUAAAAAUUACUUUCAAAGUGA